UUUUUACCGAAUCGACAUGCUAUUGAUACCUAUGUUGGCGAACCAAUUCAUUCACCAAGACUAGCACGUGAUAAAAUUACACCUGAAAUCAUUGAUAAAUAUCAUGGAGAAUAUAUGGAAGCAUUAAAGCGGCUAUUUGAUACAUAUAAAGGAAAGCAUGGCAAUGCCAAUGCAACAAUCAGAUACGUUAAUGAUGAUGAAUGA